AUGCCUUUCACAACCCACCGCCGCCAUCACCACACAACAACCACCACCACUGCCCGGCCCUACCGCCGCAGCAUUUUCUCUCGCCGAGCUCCUCGCGUGCAUCACCAACGCAAACCCACGCUCAAGGAUAAAGUCAGCGGCGCUCUCACCAGACUGAGGGGAAGCUUGACUCGCCGUCCAGGCGUAAAGGCUGCCGGAAUUCGCAGAAUGCGCGGAACAGACGGCCGUGGAUCGCACCGUCGCAGACGUUUCUUUUAA